GUACUAAUUCAACUCAGACAAAGCUUCUUUCUACUUAUCAUACUAUUAUUAAAGAUUCAAAGAGUAUUUCUGAUACUGAAGGUUCUCAUUCUAUUGUUUCAAGUAACAUCGCUAGUAAUACUCAAUGCGGUUUUUUUGUGGCAGAUAAGAAUUUUUCUUUAAAAUGCAUAAAGAUUAAGGAAUCUAAUAAAAUUUUUGAUAAUACUAAUUCUCAUCAUUUUUAUUCAGAUGAGUUUUUUGAUAGUAAAGAUGUUAGAAAUGAUAAGAUGGAAGAUAUAUCUAAAAAAGAUAAAGGUAAAAAGAGUGUUAUAUAUAAUAGUAAGAAGGGACGAAGUGGUGUGGGUCAUUCUACUUGUAAUAGUCUGAAAUCUAGUGAUUCUAAUAUUGCUUUUGAAAAAAAUGAAUAUUAA